GAAGAAGACAGUGAACUAUUAGAAAUGAUAAGAAAGAAAAAAAUCUGACUAGCGAAAAAAUUAAAGCAUAACGCCAUUCUAAUGUGUGUGGAUUUAUACGCUCGGUUAUAUUGAAAUGACAGAGAUAUGGGGGGAAGAAAAUUACCUCAGAAGCUGCGCUUUACUGUAAUGGCUGACUGUACUCGCAUAGGAAACAAGGCAAAGCCAUAGAGCCAUAGACAGGCGCAGUUCGCUUCAACUUUUUCAGAUCGUAUUUUCUACCCCGCCAAGCUCAAAGUACACGUUUUUUGAGGCGGAAAAUAAAAAUUCCAUCUUUCGUCGUUCCAACCGUGGUAUUUUGAUAUUUUUCCGCGCGUGAGAAGGGUGUUAAAUUGAGAGUUGAAGUGAGGUAGGUAAUGCAGUCGCGCGGCUCCCCCCUAUUGCAAAGCAGUGUAAUGGCUGAGCGCUGACACAAAGAGAAGGAGCCAUAUUCUCAGUGUUGAGUGCAUGAAGACAAGCGGCCAUUGCGAGCCUACUGCAACUCUGCACAGCACAGACCCAAUGUAUUACUAUACACCAGGCAAAUGCAUUGGGCUUUUUGCGAAGGAAACAAUUUUCGGUCAGGAAAAGUGACCCGCGCCGUUUGUUUGUCGUGUCCAAAAGUGAGCAGGAAGGCGGGUGGAGACAUUUUAGAGGGACUUUCUUUCAUGAAGACGGCUUUCUCACAAAAUGGAAGAAGAAAUAUUGCCGUCGUUGUUGACCUCCUUUCCUUCAGCGAGACGAGAGUGUGCGCCAUUGCUAUUUCAACGGAGAUUUAGGCCAAGAUGGGGAAGGAUCCAACAAAACCAAGAGGCAAAAUGUCCUCGUACGCAUACUUUGUCCAGACCUGCCGAGAGGAACAUAAGAAGAAACACCCGGAGGCAUCGGUCAACUUCUCUGAGUUUUCCAAAAAGUGCUCUGAGCGAUGGAAGACUAUGUCAGCUAAGGAAAAAGGGAAGUUUGAAGAUAUGGCCAAACUUGACAAGGUGCGUUAUGAGAGGGAGAUGAAGAACUACAUUCCACCCAAAGGCGAGAAGAAAAAGAGGUUUAAAGACCCCAAUGCUCCCAAGAGACCCCCGUCAGCAUUCUUCAUUUUCUGCGCCGAGUUCCGACCCAAGGUAAAAGAAGAUACCCCUGGUCUGUCUAUUGGAGACGUGGCCAAGAAACUGGGUGAGAUGUGGAACAAAACAGCAUCUGAGGAUAAGCAACCAUAUGAAAAGAAGGCUGCCAAGCUGAAGGAGAAGUAUGAGAAGGACAUUGCCGCCUAUCGCUCUAAAGGCAAAGUGGGAGGCGCCACAGCCAAAGCCCCUUCCAAGCCGGACAAGGUUAACGAUGAUGACGACGACGACGAUGAUGAUGAUGAGGAAGAUGACGAUGAUGAUGACGACGACGAUGACGAGUAGAUAAAUAACGUUUAUAGCUUAGCUUGUUGUCUAUAAAGCAUUUAACCCCCCUGUACACUUUAUUGAGGCCAUAAAAUGGGUAAAUGAAAAAUAUAAAAAGCCUGAAAAGCAAAAAAAAAAACAAAAAAAAUAAUGCUGUGUAUAUGAUAUGUUUUUAAGCUGUACAGUUUCUCUCUUUUUUUUUCCUUUUUUGUAUAGUUAACACUACAGGAGUGUCAUCUGUGUUCGUCCAAAUGCCCCAAACCUUAAUUUAGUUCUUAGUUCAAUUUCUUAAAGAUGGUUCCAACACCACUAUCCUUACCUGGUACAGUAAAAAAGAAAAGGGGGUUGUAAAAUUGUCUUGGGGUCAGUGGAGUUUUAGACGUGCGCAGCACACAACCUAGUUUCAUGUGAGGUUGUAGUUCAUAUCUUAAUGUACUUUUGUUUGUUUACUCUUUUUCCAGAUCAAAUAUUAUCAUCAUUAGUAAAUGGCCGCAUCAAAGUUAUUUUACUGUAUUUUGAAUACCACUGUAAUUGCAGAAAUGAUUUUUAAAAAAUGUAAUUGUUUUGCUCUGGUAUGCUUCUGACAUCAAUAAACUCAGUUGUUUUUUUAAAA